GUGCAAAACUGAAUAAAAUAAUAGAUAAUAAUGAAAGCAUUUGUAUGGAUCUUGGAUGCAGUUACUGAGACUUCAUGAUCAGCUGUGGUGUUGUACCAGUGUUAAGAAAAGAUGCAUACGUAGAUUACGGGGGAAGACUGUCAUAGUGUGUUGAUGAAACCUCUUUAGUGACUUAACCGAACUACAGAGCAGUAGCAUCUCCCAAAAAGAGAGAGAGAGAGAGAGAGAGAGGCACUUUCUUGGGUUUUACUUACCCGUUUGCCUUACUGGGAUUAUAUAAUUCUGCACUGUAUCUAAAGUGUGUGCAAGAGACCAAGUCCCCGACAACCUGUUUGUCGACUCCAAGCUGGGCAAGGAAGCAUUAAGGAGUAAAGGGAGACUUUAUGGUGCAAGCGUGAAAACCAGUGCCCGCUACCAGUUUGUCAACAGACGUGGAUAAACUGCGGCAAUUCAUAGUCUGGAAUAGGGACAAAAGUGUCAAAAGUGCACUCGAACCACUGGGCGGUCAAACGAGUGUCUCCGAUGGCGCAGUGACUUUUGUCACCAGCGAUCUUCGAUUUUGAACCGAUAUAUUUCACUGUGCCAUAUCAAUAUUGGAACAGUUUAGUUUGUGAUUCCAGCCAUAUCUACUGCAUAAAGAACCAAAAAAAUAAAAAUGGUGCCAAACAUUUGUAAAGGAAAUGGAACUCUACUGUUAGCCUUGCUUAUAUUCACAGCUGGCUUCAAGCUCACAGUACAACAAGGUUUUGCCUGCCCCGGGGAAGGCAUGUACCCAGACCCCAACUCUUGUAUAUACUUUUAUGCCUGCGACUCCCUGGGGUUACCUUCGGAAAGAACCUGUCCUAUAGGUGGACAGCUUUUUGAUGCCGACUCCAAGCAGUGCAAGUUUCCAGAGGACCUCACGGACCAGUGCAGAGCCAAUGGUGACAGGUUCAGCUCAGGGUCUGGAAGCACGGAACAGCCGGUAUCUUCCAACGGCUUCAUUUGUCCGGAGAGAAUGGGCUUUUUCCCCCACGUGACGGAGUGCCAGGUAUUUUACCAGUGCAUAGAGUUCGUGCCUCAGCAAGUGACAUGUUUGGAGGGAUGGGCCUUUGACACCAGGAGCAACAGGUGUCUGUUGGAAUCCAACGUCAGGGACUGCACCAAUGGAAAGAGGCGCACGGAUAUGUCAAAAACAUCCACAAUUGUUAGAAACACUGGAACAAGAUGCACAACAGAGGGCAUCGUCACGCCUCACGAGACCGACUGUACCCAGUAUUACGUGUGCUCCCAGCAACAGCUCCAGCUGCGCCAGUGUACCUCACCGUUAUUCUACGACGCUGCCCAGACCUUCCAGUGCACGUGGCCGGCCCUGGUCUACGACUGUGCCAGUGACGGAUCAAGAUUGUCCACUACUCCCGGCCCCACCACCAUCCCACCGCCAACCACCACGCCCAUUGACUGCGUGCCAAACGAGAUAGUCGAGCACUGUGACUGCACCAAAUUUUAUAAGUGCAACGAAAACUCUGAACCAAGGGAAAUUCCCUGCCCCGGCGGCCUCCUCUUCAAUGCCAGACAAAAGGCUUGCGACUGGCCGUAUAAUAUGAGGAAUCAGUGUGAUCAGUCGAAUACUAGAAGAACGUGCAUCCAGACCACGCCGUACGCCGGACCCUCCACGCAGCCCACCACUGUCCCGACCACCACUCGGCGGACCACCACGACAGUAGCGCCUCUGCCGGUGCCAAGCCGUGAGGUCAGGUGCUUCAGAGGUCUAACAUCAGUGGCCCAUCCAGACAUGUGUAACGGCUAUUACAGAUGUAUCGGAGACCGUGCGGUAGAACAGCGUUGCCCUGGUACUCUUUUUUUCAACAGCCGCACCAUAGCCUGUGAUUUCCCACGGAACGUGGCCGACUGCUGCGCCGAUGGCACGCGUAUUCAACAAGGACAGCAAUGUCCUAGGGUCGUAGCGACCACCAUUCCGACGACCACGACCCGACGACCAACAACCCCUCGAGUGAACGUUGCUCCGGUGGUGAGUGAAGCUUUCACGACGCCAGCGACGUGCGUGGUACGUCAAUUCUAUCCUCAUCCAGACUGCAAAAGAGUCUACUUCUGCUGGACAGACGGCACUGUAAGAGAGACGGUUUGCGCCGCAGGAACGAUGUUCGACGCGGUUGCAGGACGUUGCGCGAGCGAGGGAGACGUUUUGGCCAGUGGACAAUGUGCCCCUGGCGGUACUAGACUUUCCGUAACAACUUCAACCUCCACAACUACGACCACUACCACAACUACAACCCCUCGCCCAACUACCACAACCACAACAACGACGACAACUACUACAACUCCCACCACAACCACAACACCUACUACAACUACGACAACCCGUCCUCCCACUACACAGAGGGUAACCACCAAACGCGCUGCUCCUACCACUCCGCGUUUUGACUGCACAGGCCGAGGCACCAGACUCUACGAGGAUCCGAACUCCUGCUUCGUGUAUUACCAAUGCCUCAAUGGCGUCCUGAGAAACACGCUGAACUGCCCAGGGGGUCGCUAUUUCAGUCAACCCAACCAGAACUGCCUGUCGUAUAAUUUCAUGACCAGCUAUUGCUCAUUUGAAGGUGUCCGAUUGAUACGGGAAGAUACUACGACAACCACCACCACCACUACCGUGGCACCGUCCGCUCCAAUAUGCCAGCCCGGACAAUUGUUUGCCCCCCACCCAGACACCUGUAAACAAUAUUACAUCUGCGUGCAGGAUCAAGUCGGUGCACAAAUGGCGCCAAUAAUCAGUGAUUGUGCGGAGGGAUACCUUUACGACGCCCAGGGCACGAGCUGUAUGGAUCCGGCCACCGUGCCAGGCCAGUGUGACCCCCGAACUGGCGCUAGACUUGCCAUGACAUCAUCCCCGAUAGACUCGACCUCAGCUUUUACAUCUGCCACUCAAGCCACAGGCUCAUCCGCCAUGGAAGGGCCCUGCAGAGGGCAGUACAGGCGCCCCAACUGGUGCACGGACACAGACUGUGCUUACAAGGCCACCUGGGAUUACAAUGAUCAGACAGACGAUAUCACAUUCACCCUCACCGCAACAAUCGGUCUAGAUCAGUGGGUGGCCAUUGGGUUUUCUACCGAUAAACGCAUGGUGGGAAGCGAUGCUAUUACUGCCUAUAUCACCCCUGAUGGAAUUGUGAGGGUUAGCGACAGGUAUAUGUUUUUCAAAGAGGAACCAAGCAGCGACAGUCAGCAAGAUCUGAGAAAUAUCCAGGGCCGAUACGUUAACGGCCAGGCCAUUUUCAGUUUUGUUAGGGCCAGAAACACGGGAGACGUAAGAGAUUACGCCUUUAGCGAUGAUGAUUGUUAUUACUUCCAUUAUGCGGCCGGCGGUGACGUGGUGAGGCGUCGUCUGCGGCAUCACACAUUUAAAACAACGUCAGAGGAAAAAAUAUGCAUCAAAAGUUGCAGUCGAGCAAUCAUAUUACCCAGUAAUAGGGUAACACCUGCGCCAAACAUGUUUACGCCUAGGGUAACACAACGGGUAACAACAACACAACCGACUACCACUACUACAACUCGCCCCACAACUACUACACGCCGUACAACUACCACUAGACCCACAACCACCACACGGCGCACGACCACAACAAGACCCACAACCACUACUACACGCCGAACAACCACAACCCGACCCACAACCACCACACGGCGCACAACCACAACAAGACCCACAACCACUACUACUACUACACGCCGAACAACCACAACCAGACCCACAACCACCACACGGCGCACAACCACAACAAGACCCACAACCACUACACGACGAACAACGACAACAAGGCCCACAACCACCACACGGCGCACUACCACAACAAGACCCACAACUACCACAAGAAGAACCACUACCCGACGUGUGACCCAGCGUACUCGCCAAAGGAUUCUGCUGCGAACUACACCGCGUGCGAGCGGACCAGUGACCGCCUUUACUCGUGCCCCCACUCGCACACAACCCACGACCCCUGCCACAACCCGUACCCUACAGGCAGAGGCUACGACCAGAACUCCCGGCCCUACACUUGCUCCAGGGGCAUCAUAUUGCUACGAGAAGGGUGACGGUUGGCAUUCCGAUCCCUGGGACUGUAGAGUAAUUCACCAGUGUAGCCAGGGCAUAUACACCCGCCGCCAAUGCUUCCAAGGUUAUUACCUAAAUGAGGAUCGACAGCAGUGUCAACCACCCAAUAAUCUGAACGGAAAAUGCAAUGGUGAUGGUUCAAGGAUUCCCGAACCCCUUACGUGCCCCAAUAUGAAUAUCAACCUCUUGUUUGUGCCACAUCCUAUGAACUGCUCGCUGUGGUACAGCUGUAUGCAGGGUAGACCCACGGAGGCCAGAAUGUGCAUACAGAACUGGUACUCGUCUGUGAGUGGGUGCAAGCCGCGGGACGAAGUAACGGAGUGUAACGAGCACGGCACGCGAGCUGGCGCUGUUGUUCCACCAUUCACAACAACACUUGAACCUCCCUCCACCACAGCCCCAAGAUAUACAACCACGACCACCACACGCCCCACGACCACAACAACACGCACAACGACAACAGCUAAGCCAGAAUUCGACUGCACAAACAAGGGCAACCAGUGGUUCCCAGACGAAGACGACUGCACCAUAGUUCACCAGUGCCGCAGCGGUGAAUAUUCCAAACUUAAGUGUCCACCAGGACGAUUCCUUGACGCCAAAAAUGCCAUCUGCCAAUCUGCAAGCACUUUGUAUGAAGAGUGCACACCAACCGGGAAGAGAAGACCUGUCCCACUUCUCUGCCCCGCUGCCACCACGCUGUUCAUUCCACAUCCCACGAACUGCAGUCUUUGGUACAGCUGUGUGAACUGGGCGCCUACAGAACCACAGCCGUGCAUAGGCAACUAUUUUUCCACGGGAUCAUCCUGCAGACCAAGAACCAUUGUUAAAGAGUGUAAUAUAUUUGGUGAACGCGUGGAGGUUAGAACGACCACUCCCACUCCUACAACCACUAGACCUACCACUACUACGCCCAAACCCACCACCACCCGACGUACCACUACCACAAGAAGGACUACAACCACUCGACGAACGACGCCAGGGACAGUCUCAAUGGGCGGUAGAGUAGACGUAUGUAGCGGUGAACAGAAGACCCCGAGCACGUGCGGCACCACCGACUGUGCGUACCGCGUAUCCUGGCAACUGAAUGACGCCACUGAUGAGAUCAGAUUCACCCUAGAGGGCGCAAGACAAGGAGAAUGGAUGGGAAUUGGAUUCUCACAAGACAGGAAAAUGCCUGCAAGCGAUGCAAUGAUAGCAUAUUACAAUAGCAACGGACAAGCAACGGUUAGCGACAGAUGGAUGUACGCCUAUGCUAAGCCCACACCUGACACUUCCCAGAACUUCAAUGGCGUCUCUGGACAAUUCGUUAAUGGACGAGCGUCCAUUUCAUUUAACCGUCCUCGUCGGACAGGGGACGGUGCCGACGUUCUAUUCAGCGACAAUGCCUGUUACUAUUUCUUAUAUUCCAAAGGAACUUUGUCUAACAGCGGCGACCUGAAUUACCACAGUUUCAGAGCUGUGUCACAGGAAAAGAUUUGCAUCAAAUCAUGCCAAGGCUCCACCAGAACAUCUCGACCGCCAGCAACACCAAGACCAACCACUUCUCGAACCACAAAGCCCACAGUGACCACCGGCAGUGCCGUUGUAACCCCUAGUAUUCCAGUCAUUGGAAAUAGCACAGUAAAUAUCAAGACUGGCAUUGCGCUACCAUGGGAUGACCUUUAUUACCAAGAGUCUCGCCCCAAGACAGCAAGUGUCAUAGAAGAGAUUCAUGAUUCAUUGAUGAAGAUCUAUGAAGAUCUCCCAGGACUAAGCAGGUUGAAUGUUAAGGAUCUCCAACGCAUGGGUAAGAUGACUCAGAUCUGCUAUGACUUGGAGCUGGCCAAUGUUCCAAUGGAUCAGGAGGCCGAGGUGGUGGCUGUAUUGGAAGACAAAAUAAAGAAAAAUGCAGGAAUGAUGCCCUUUGCCAAUGCAGAACUGAAGGUGGAAGGACCUACAUAUGUUCACACUGGGAACUGUCAAGCUGUUCAGGCUCAACAGGUGGUGAACUGUGACUGGUUUGACUUGAACAAUGUCUGUAUCAAUGGACUAUGUGAGGUGGAGAACCAGAGACCAACUUGCCUAUGUCAAGAAGGAUACGCAGGACCAAGAUGCCAGCUGAGAACAGAGAGUCCUCUGGCCCAGCAACAGGAGGACAAGUCCACCCUGAUUGCAGCUGGGGUUGUGGCUGGAAUUGUCUUCCUGGUCCUUGUGGUCCUGAUCACAUGGGUGGUUGUGGUUAAAAUGAAGAGAAGAAGGGAACUCAUGUACCGCUCCCAAUCUGACAAGCUGCAAGAAAUGAGUCUGGAGAAUGGUGGCACCAAUGGCAGUGCAAUUGGAGCAAUGAGCAGUUCCUAUCUACCCAGAUAUGCCAGAGCAGGUGCUCCUAGUUCUGUGGGAGGUUCCCACUACCCCAGAGAGGGGUCGAUAUACGGCACCAAUGGCAGGCCACCAAUGGAUGAUGACGGAUUUGACCACAUAGGUUAUGCAACUGCUCAUUCAAUAAACUAUCCCAGAGACAUUUACGGUGGCUCUGCCAGGGAACCCAUCUAUGGAGGUUCUGGAAGGGACAUGUAUGGUGGUUCUGCACGAGAUAUAUAUGGUGGUUCCGUCAGAUAACCCUGACCAGCUAAUCCUCAUUUUAGGAAGACUAAAUGACUGCUUAAAAGAUCUUUACAGUAUGAAGACUCAUGGAAAAAAUACUGAAAUCAGAAAAUGACAUGAUCUUAUUUGCAAAUAUGCAUAACUGAUAAAAAGUGUCUGCAUUCAAACACAUUGUAAAGACAGUUCCAAUAACUGCAAUGAAAUUCCUAUUUCAAGAAGAAAAAUAUAUAAAUAAAAUAUAAUAAAUAUAUACACACAGAAAAUAUCGCUUCAAACCAUCAAGGGUGGUUUCAUCAGUUCCUUAUCUUCAGGAUGGCUAAAUAACUAGUGAAGCCUAGACUGAAAUUUUAACGUCAUUAAUGGCUGAAAUUGCAUGAACUGAUGACAAAGUCGCUCUAAAGGUAACAAUAUGACCUCAUAUUUAUGAUCUUCUAAAGAUAUUAUAGGUCAUAAAUGCUAUCUUCAUGAUAAGCGGGCACAUAUAGGAUCAUGUUCAUUCAAGAUUAUAGAUUAUAGCAUAAGACUAUAGAUUUUGAUGUCAAUUUGGCCUGUUACUAUAAUGUUUAUCAGUCAGAUAUAUUGUUUAAAAUUACACAAUAUUAUUAUUAUUAUUAUAGCAUGAACUGAUAUUACCGCUAUUUGAAAUAUCCCAUGGUUGUUAUCAUUUGCAUUUAAACAUUUAUGUACAUUAUUUUGUAAAUACAUCGAGAUAUAAUUGAACUUAUCAUGACUGUUAACAUAAUUGUGCUUCAAGGUUUAGUAUUCCUUGAAAUAGAGUAGAAUGAAAAAGUAUAACUUUUUACAGCUGUAACUUUUUCCAUCUUAAGAAGCAAAAUGCGCCCCACCCAACAUUAUCGUACUAUAUUUGCAACAAUGGCAUUGCAUUCAUUUCACUGUAAAAAUUCCAGUUUAAGUGACUUGUAACCUUAUAGAAUAGUUUAUACGACAUUGCCAAGAUCAUAUAAUGAUGAGAGACAACCAGGAUUAAACUAGAGGCAUUAUGUACCAGUGACAAAAAUUUUGUAAAUGCUUUUAAUUAUAGUCUACGCAUUGGACUUUGGAACUUUUUAAGCAUC